GUCUCCUCGUCACAUCUAACUCGAGACACUAUUGAACCAACAUGGAUACGGAAGAACAAUUCAAUGCUAUGGUUGAUAAAGUUAAGGAAAUGUUGGUUCCCAACGAUGAGGAAAUGAUGGAGCUGUACGCCUUGCACAAACAAGCAACCGUUGGCGAUAACACCACCGACGAGCCUUCGGCCUGGAAGGCCAAAGCCCAAUGGGAAUGUUGGAAUAAGCAAAUGGGUAAAUCCAAAGAGACUGCCCAGCUAGAGUACAUUGCCUUUGCUACUAUAUUGGUAGGCAAAUAUGCGGUUUGGAAUCCAGUUCAAACUCUACGUUCUAUCUUUCGUUAG